AUGAAUUUGUCAUCUCCUGACGUGAAUAAAAAGACGAAUGGGCUCAUAAAAUGCGUAAACUCUCAACGGCAGGAGCAGGACAUUUAUAAUGAAAUUUCGAUAUUUCAAAACGAUAAUGAAUGUAUGGAACAACAGCGAAAUCAACCAAAUGACGACACUCUUCCCUUCCCGAUUUUAGAUGAUGACUGUCCUGCUAUAGACCUUACUGAAGCCAGUAGCGAUAUGAUAUUUCAGGGUGAGACAUCCUUUCUCAAGACUGAUGCCUUUCAGAACGUUCAAUUAACGCCUAAUUCCGGUGACUGCUCUUCUAAUGUGGAUGUGAAUAACAAUGAUGAUAACAACGACGAUAGUAAUGUCAAUGAUUCUUUUGAGAAAAUGAACAACCCUUCAAGUUCAGUAGCCCUUUCACUUUUUGAUGAGGAAAAUAUUCCAGGUGACUUUAAAGCAAAGAAAAAGGCUCAGAACAGAGCUGCUCAAAGGGCGUUUAGAGAAAGAAAAGAGGCCAGGCUAAGAGAGUUACAAGAUAAGCUAAUGAAAAGUGAGAAAAAUCGUCAAAGCCUGUUGAAAGAAAUAAAAGAACUAAGAAAAGUUAAUACUGAAAUUAACGCAGAAAACAGGCUGCUGUUACGGAGCGGUAAUGAAAAGUGCUCAAAUGAUUUAACGAAUGAUACCGAUCACAAAUAUUCCUUCCCAACGAAAGAUGAAUUCUUCACUUCGAUGGUCCUGGAAGGUAAGCUGAAGAAUAAAAACAUACACUCUUCGAAUGAGAACGAGGUCACACCGAAACGAAAUGCCCAGUAUACGGAAGAAGCAGGAAGACAAGUACUAACAAUCCCCGCUACUUGGGAGUAUCUUCACAAGCUAUCGGAAGAUAGGGACUUUGAUGUGACCUACGUUAUGAACAAGCUGCAAGGACAAGAAUGUUGUCAUACCCAUGGACCUGCCUAUAAAAGAACUUUGAUUGAUUUACUGGUUAAAGAGGCUACUUUGAACGAGUGA